AUGUUGAUCAUUUCGACGAAUGCGACGUCUCUCUCCGUUUUGUUCUUCGGGUUCAAUUUGAUCAAUGGGUUAGGAUGGUCUUCCCCCGGUUGGCUUCAUUUAUUGUCGGCUUUCGUGGUUGUUUUCUACUCUCUGGUUCUGGCGAAUGCUUUCGUGAUUUCAAACAUCGCAUCGGUUUCAUCGGGAACGGACAAAUCUGGUGGAUAUGAGUCGAUUCUAAAAGCUUGUGUCGUCAUCAGAGAAAGAACCUCGACUACUUUAUCGUUGGCUUUGCCUUGGAAUCUCGCACUGGCGGGCAUUGAAGCUCUGUUGCAUUAUCGGGUCGUGAGAGCUUACGGCAGUGAUGAUUUCAGCUGGUUCUCGAUGGCUACGGAAGGGAUUUUGACAGCUUACUUACCUCAUUCUGAUUCUGCAAAUCCAGCCAAGGAAAAGAGAAUGUAA